CUGCAGUCAAAGGCCACGCCCACUCCCAUUGACACGGCAAAAUGGCGACGGAGGAUUGUGAUGCUGUGAACAUGGACCCUGACAUCGAACUGCUCAGUGACGAGGAAAUAGAAAGGGAUGCAGAGGCCUUCAAAGAGCAAGGUAAUGCAUUUUACAUCAAGAAGGACUACACAGAGGCAUUCAAUUAUUACACUAAGGCUAUUGAUAUGUGUCCAAAAAAUGCAAGCUACUACGGAAACCGGGCGGCCACGCUUAUGAUGCUGUGCCGAUACAGGGAGGCGUUGGAGGACUCCCAGCAAGCAGUGCGAUUAGACAACAGCUUUAUGAAAGGACAUCUGCGAGAGGGUAAGUGUCACCUCUCACUCGGCAAUGCUAUGGCUGCAAGCCGCUGUUUCCAGAGAGUUCUGGAACUGGAGCCAGAUAACAGCCAAGCCCAGCAGGAGCUAAAGAAUGCAGAAUCCAUCCUUGAAUACGAGAGAAUGGCAGAGAUUGGGUUUGAAAAGAGAGACUUCAGAAUGGUUGUGUUUUGCAUGGACCGUGCCUUGGAGUGUGCUUCAGCUUGUCAAAAGUUUAAAAUAUUGAAGGCAGAGUGUUUAGCCCUGCUUGGACGUUACCCAGAGGCACAGUCAGUUGCCAGUGACAUACUCCGAAUGGACUCCACCAAUGCGGAUGCUCUGUAUGUGCGUGGUCUCUGUCUGUACUAUGAGGACUGCAUCGAUAAAGCUGUUCAGUUCUUUGUCCAGGCCUUGCGUAUGGCUCCAGACCACGAUAAGGCUCGACUCGCUUGUAGAAACGCCAAAGCACUGAAAGCCAAGAAGGAAGAAGGAAACAAGGCGUUCAAGGAGGGAAGCUUCGAGGCAGCUUAUGAUUUGUACUCAGAGGCCCUAACAAUAGACCCAAACAACAUCAAGACUAAUGCCAAACUGUACUGUAAUAGAGCCACAGUUGGAUCUAAGCUGAAGAAACUAGACCAGGCCAUUGAAGACUGCACAAAGGCCAUUAAACUAGAUGAGACCUACAUCAAGGCCUAUUUAAGGAGAGCCCAAUGCUAUAUGGACACAGAGCAGUAUGAAGAGGCCGUGAGGGACUAUGAGAAGGUCUACCAGACAGAAAAGACAAAAGAACACAAACAUCUCCUCAAAACGGCUCAACUGGAGUUAAAGAAAAGCAAGCGGAAAGAUUACUACAAGAUCCUAGGGGUGGAUAAGAACGCCACAGAAGAGGAGAUCAAAAAAGCAUACCGCAAACGAGCACUUUUACAUCACCCAGACCGUCACAGCGGAGCCAGUACUGAAGUGCAAAAGGAAGAGGAGAAAAAGUUUAAGGAAGUGGGUGAGGCUUUCAGCGUGCUUUCAGAUCCAAAGAAAAAGGCCCGCUAUGACAGCGGACAGGACCUGGAGGAUGACGGCAUGAAUAUGGGAGACUUUGAUGCCAACAACAUUUUCAAGGCAUUCUUUGGAGGACCAGGAGGUUUUAGCUUUGAAGCAUCUGGACCAGGAAACUACUUCUUCCAGUUUGGCUAGUCGGAGACAUAAACGGCAACUACAUCAGGACUUUUCUACAAGUCACCCCCUCUACCCACCAUCCGCAUUAAAUAACUGACUAAAGAAUCAGAUUCUUGACUAUGCCAUUGACUGAGCGAAUGCAACCCGACGACCACAAGCAGUGAAUUAUUUACAGCAAGGACACAAAGAUGACUCAGUUUCUUUUUUUCUGGCAAAAUACAACUAAUUCAAAAAUCUGUAAUUACUAUCAAAAAUCCAGAAUGUGUGGAUGAUUUUUGAUAGGAGCAGAAAUUUGAUCUAAUAUGAUUCAGUAUGGGAAGUGCCAUCCUGGGGAAACUGUUCAGAUGCAGCAAUUCAUUCAGCAAGCUGUUGUUUUACCCACUUUUCUGCUGAGGGAGUAUUCUUUGCAUGAAAUUUGAUAACUUGAUCAAUGGUCUCUGAGGAAAAUCACUGAGCAUAGGCUAUGGGGGCACACUAUUUUAAAGUAGAAUACAGCUGGAGCUCAUGACCCACACAGAUGGCGUAGCUGGAACACUAGAGAGAGAUGGAGGCUGAGACAUCCAUGCUGGAAGAUCACCUCUCCCUUUUGCCAUCACUGGUUUUAUGUUUGGUGUUGCCAUUCUGAGCUUGCUGCAGUGUACAUUUUACUGGAAUGUAACGUGUUAAUUUGUGAUGUUAACAUAUUUUUUUUCUUUUUUUAUUCUCAUUUCUAUAUUUAUUGUAAGUUUGCUGUCAAAAGAACUUUGAUAUACGAUGAGGAUAUUUCUCUUUCUAAGAAGAAAAUGUAUUGAGCCUUCCACCAGGAUGAUGAUGGAUUUGCUCGGUUUGCAUGAACUCUUGCUGCCUUUGUUGGAAGUCGAUCCAAGACAUCUGUUAAUCAGAAAUGUACACACAUAGGAUUCAUAUCAUUAAAUUCCAGAUGUUUUAUUGGUUUUUGGCUUAGGCGGUCAGACCUUUUGGAAUAUUUGAAACCUGGCAAAUUCCUGAUUUGUUCCUGACUUCUUUCCCCUCAGUUUUUGCCCUUUGGAAUCCAUCCUUUCUUUACCUUUAAAACGUUCCAGUCGUCAAUAAAGUUGGCCUUCUCUGGGUUUCCCCAAA